AUGAACAACUUGCAAAGACAUAGUAUCUUAUUUGAUGCUCCUGUUGGAAAUAAUCCAAUUUACCUAGGUCAGGGUAAUAUGAUUGAGAAUAUUAAUGUCAUCUACAAUCCUAAAAUAAUCAGAACGUUUCUACAAUCAUAUAUGGUGGUCUUGAUUUUCCAGUAUAUUGCAUGCUUUUCCUCUGCUCCAUUUGAUAAUGUUGAAAAUAGGCCGUCUAUAUCGGUCUUGUCAAGCAUCUACUCGCUCUUUAUGGUAUGUUCGAACUUAAAAUUUUGA